UACAUACAUAUGUAAUAUGUAAUAAUAUAAAUACAUAUUUGUAUGUAUGUCGACAGUUGAAUCGUUGGCUAUAAAAUACUUCUUUAUCCCUAUUCCGGCAUCCACAGCCCCAACUAAUCAUUCUAUUUAAAUAUCUCUACCUCUGUUUGCCUUCCUCUUCGACCUCAACAACCAGUUCCAUCGUAUAACAGAAGUAGGUUUUCUUUGGUUUGGAUCCAAGAAUUCUAAUCAAGCCAUGAGCCCUGCAAAGUUUAAUCGAGAUCUUCAUCAUGAGGAUUCAAGGAAGGGGGAGAUCAAUGAUCCACGUCCGUCUCCGUUGAAGAUCAACAAUGGUUCCCAUUUUAUUCACAAGAGUACAUCUACAACGAUGUCUUCAAUAUCAAUUGGCUCUUCCGUCUGUAGCGUUGCUUCGGCCGCCAGGCAACAAGAGCAGCAACCGGUUAUUAUAUACACCCAUUCUCCGAAGAUCAUCCACACGCAAGCUCGGGAUUUCAUGGCUUUGGUUCAGAAGCUCACCGGUGUUUCAUCGUCGCAGUCCGGAAACAAUAUUAAUGCAAACAAGACUACAUCGGCGUUGCUUGAUAUGGAAGGAAAUGAAUGUAACUUGAUGCCUAUUAGUGGCCAUGAUGAUAAUGAGUCAACUACUCCGGCCCAUGCCAAUGAGAAUUUCGAUGGUGGUGCUGAUCUCAAGUCAAGCUCAUCCUCCAAUAUUAAUGAUAUGCCACCAAUUCAAAACCAAACUAAUCAAUAUUCUGCUAAUAUGCCGUUGUUCACUCCGAAUAUGACCAGUUUCUUCUGCUCUCCUCGGCCUGUUUUUAGAGAACCUGAUUCGUCGUAGGUUUUGCCAAGCAUGAUGGGUAACUCAGUGUCACCUUCUCAUGUCUUCGAGUUUAUGAACGGGCUGUCAGAAUAUUGAUAGACUAUGCCCGUAUAGCAUUUUGGGUAAUGGAUAAUUGGUGGGGAUUAGUGAUUGAUCAGUACUUUGUAUUCAUGUUUGUCCAUAUGUUUGAUUUGUUUAUCGUUUGAUUGUCUUUGUUUUUUUUAUACGUCUCUCUAAUGUGAUGGAAUAGUUAGAAGUUAGAACCUAAACAACAGCGAAUGUAACUAUAAGAAAUUUAAUUGACUUUGUGGCAAUCUAAGGAAGGGUUGCUCCAUCUAGAUCUCUCUCU